CGGAAGUAGCUUCAGUGAAGAAAACCUUUUUUGUUGAGAAUUGAAAGAUAAUAAUUUACUGUCGUGAGAAAACGAGUCACGUCAUAUAGUUAGAGAUUACUACCCGUUUUUACUGUAUCUAUUGCUGGCUUUUUGAAAAGGAGCAAAAUGUGUAAUGGUUGUGUGCAGAAAGAGUACCCUGACAGGGGGAACACAUGUUUGGAGAAUGGCUCCUACCUGAUGAACUACCUGGGCUGUGCCAACUGUCACCAGAGGGARUUUGUGUUGAUCAGCAACAAGGCCACAGAGGAUGAGGAUGGAGAGGAGAUAGUCACCUAUGAUCAUGUGUGUAAAAACUGUGACCACGUCGUAGCCAGGCAUGAGUAUACCUUCUCUGUGGUGGACGAUUAUCAGGAGUACACAAUGUUGUGCAUGCUGUGUGGGAAGGCGGAGGACUCCAUCAGUGUGCUGCCAGAUGAUCCCAGGCAAACCGCCCCUCUCUUCUAGAAGAGUACAAUGACAGACUGAGAUGACCAGAUGUAAACAAUCAAGAACUGCUAGCUCAACAUGGACCAGAAGUCCCAUGAAAGAGAUAGACUAUUAGCAUUCUAGAAAAUAGAGCAGGUAUUCUAGAACACAUAUCACAUCUCAAACCCAUAUAGCCAUGCAUCUCUAUAUGGCUCUGCCCAGACAUAACAUUUCACUUAUAGAACACAGAGCUUGUCUAAAAUGGCAAGUCCUAUAUUCAUCAAAUUGAAGGAAUAAUACCAGUCUUCUUUAACAUAGACUUUUCAUCAACAGUAAGGGUAAGCAAAGACUAAAUAAUAUAGUACAUGCUACUCUUCUUUGACCACAGAUGUACAUACUGUCCAAUUUUGCUAGAAUUAGAUUUAGGGCCUAGUUCACUCAGUAACAACCCCCACCCCAUAAGCACUAUCAGAGAUUCAUCUUGGCUUAUCAGCGCGCAAGAAGGAGCUACUACCAUGUCACAUUACCUACGGAUCUACAUUAAGUUUAUUGAAGGUUUGGGGGCUAAGGGUUGUUUCUGUAUAGGGCCUAUGUUGGGGACUAGGGGUUAUUCCUGGACAGGGCCUAGGUUGGGGUUAAGGGUUGUUUCAGGACAGGGCCUAGGUUGGGGACUAGUGGUUGUUUCUGUAUAGGGUCUAGGUAGGAGCUAAGGGUUGUUUCUGGAUAGGGCCUAGAUUGGGGCUAAAGGUUGUUUCUGGACAGGGCUUAGGUUGGGGUUAUUUUUUAGGGCUUGGAACCCUAGUUAGACUGCUGUUAAGGAUAAAUAACUGUUACAGAUCACAUGUCUGUUUAAAUAGAUUUGACAGCAUUGUUUUUUAAAAUAUAAAUAUUAAGUAAAACAAAUGUUUGUAUGUUGGGGGGGCAAUGGAACUUGACACUUUGUACGCAUUUGUUGGUUGCAUCGUAACGUAAUAAAGACAACGUGUAGGUAGUCUA